AUGACAGUUUUCCGGGAAUUGUCCGGCAUCGAGAAUCUAGAAGAUUCCGAAGGUCUGGAUGAUCUAGAGGAUCUGAAAGAUCUUGAGGGUCUAGGAGGUCUCGAGGAUCUGAACGAUCUCGAUGAUCUCGAGCAUGGUUGGCUGCGUUCAGCAGAAAAAACUGCUUUGCAAUUGUUGUUAAAUUUACUUGUAGCUGCUUUACUGCAAUUAACCUAUACGAAACGAACCAGUCUCUUCCUUCAGUUAUACUGGCGAGUCAUUUUCGCUGUCUGUUGGGCCCUAUUUUGGUUACCUUUCAUCAUAAUAUAUGAUUAUUCGGAAGUCAAAUGCGCUUACAUCAUAUUACUAGUAGCCGGCUACUGGGUGACGGAGUGUCUGCCGAUAGGAAUCACAUCGUUAGUCCCGGUGGUGCUGUUUCCCUUGUUCGGCAUUCUCAGCAGUCAAGAAACAUGCAUCUGUUAUAUGAACGACACUAUUAUGGUUUUCAUCGGCGGCCUUAUACUCGCCAUCGCCACCGAACACUGUAAUCUGCAUCUGCGAAUCGCUCUAAUUGUGAUGAAGACAUUCGGUUGCAGCCACGCGAAAUUGCUUGGCGGUCUUUGUACCGUAACCACUUUCGUAUCCAUGUGGAUUGCGAACGCGGCAGCUACCGCCAUGAUAGUGCCCAUCGUCUUUGCUGUUCUGCGCGAAUUGGAAAGGGUCGGGCUCGGAAAAGUGUUUGAUAUAAAGGAGGAUCCACAAGAUCCGGAAGCUGAACCAGAUAUGAAGCCGACGAAAGUGACGAAAGCUUAUUUGUUCGCGGCAGCAUACGCUUCGUCUUUUGGAGGUACCGGGACACUCGUCGGUACUCCGACAAAUCUUGCUUUUAAAGGUAUCUACGAAUACAACUUUCCUGAUGCUGACCCCAUUACUUUUGGUACCUGGAUGGCUGCCUCAAUCCCGCAAAUGGCCGUGAACUCAUUUCUACUGUGGCUGUAUUUACGAAUUACUUUUCUGGGGUAUCUGAGACCGCGCAGUAAGGACGCCGAAAUGGCGAGAAUCGGCGCGGAAGGCGAAGCGAUCGCAAAUCAAGUAAUAAAUCAAAAUCUUAAGAAUUUAGGACCCAUGACGUUUCACGAGAUCUCUGUCGCAACACUCUUCAUAGGAUGUAUAUUUUUGUGGGUCUUUAGAGCUCCUGGAUUUGUUCGUGGAUGGUCAGAAGUUCUAACGGAUGUGCAUUUGGCAGACUCGAUGCCCGCGAUCUUCGUAUGCCUGCUAAUGUUCUUCAUCCCGAAAGACCCCACCUUUGUGCGUUUUUGGAGCAAGGACCCUUUCAGACGGCCGACAAGAUCGUCCGAAGGCCUAAUUACAUGGCAAGUCAUCCAUAAAAAAAUGCCAUGGAGAUUAGUGUUCCUGUUAGGCAGCGGCUUUGCUGUUUCAAAAGGUAGCAGCGUCUCCGGACUCGCCAUGAAGGUAGGGCUGGCUCUAGUACCUCUGAAGGAAUUACCUCCCGCGCUAAUGCUGGCUGUAAUUCUUUUUUUUGUCGGCACCAUGACAGAGUUUACUUCGAAUGUUGGUACAGCCAAUAUACUUCUGCCCGUCGUCGCUCACAUGUGCGUGGCAAUGAGGAUACAUCCAUUAUAUCUGAUGAUGCCGGUGACUCUCAUGUGUUCGUAUGCGUUCAGAAUGCCAGUCGCCACACCACCGAAUGCAAUCAUAACCGUCGCAGGCCACCUGCAAACUCGAAUGCUAAUAGCGGCCGGAUGCUUCCCCGCAAUGUACAGUUUGAUAGUGCAAAUUAUCCUGUUCCCCACUUGGGGAGCAUUCAUCUACGGUAUCGGGGAAUUUCCGGAUUGGGCAGACCAGCAUAAUAUCGGCCGAAAGCCAUAA